AUGGCGGACGUCAUCCCUCCGCAGGAGAGCUACAUUCGCCGGCCCAAGGAGGUGCGAGCGCACCUCCAGAAAUCACGGGCCCAACGCAGCCGCAACUUUGCCGUGGUGGACAGCACUGGAUCAUGGAUGGAGCGCUGGCGAAACCAAUUCGACGCCUUGGCCAUUCCGUUCCUGAGGUCGCACGAGAUGAUGCACCCGGAUGCUUUCGACCAUUCCACGCUGUCCGUCUGGGCGGCCGCUAAGAGCCGCAACGACUUCCUGUUCCUGGAGAACUUACCUAAGGACAAGGCUUAUCAUGGCCCCUUUGUGUUGCCUUCGAACCGGAUGAUGCUCGACUUUUGCCGGGAUCUGGUGAAGUUGGGCGGUCUGGACAAGCGCAUUUGGCCUGCUCAUGCAGAGUCGAUGCGGCCAUCGGCUUGUGGUUCAGGCAUAGAAGUGUCACUCCGAACAGCUGGGGACACUCUGCAAACUGUUCUUGCGAACCACGUGGUCGUCGCACGGGGCCCUACCUGGCGUCGCCAGUGGCCCGCCUUUUACAAACUCUUGGAUGCCGCCGCACUGGCUGAGAUCCGACAUACCUGGGACCUCUUCGACAAGCCUGAGCAGGUCGCUGCCCUGCGAGGCAGAGGUAUCAUCGUUGGUGGUGGCUUGUCCUCGGCACAUCUAUGCACACAGCUUGCAGGUCGCGGCCACAUAGAUUUGCUGAUCCGCAGGGAACGAAAAGUCAAGCAGUACGAUCUUGGCUUGUCGUGGAUGGGGUGGAAGCGACGGGAACAGCGACGAGAAUACGAGCAAGCUUCGAUUGAGGAGCGCUUGGCCAAAAACCGAGCUGCCCGUGAUGGUGGAUCCGUUUCGCCUGAACUGGAUGCGGAAGUGUCGCAGCUGGAGGCGAAGGGGUUAGUUGCGGUCCAUGAGUGGACGGAGAUAGCGACUGCAUCCUUCGAUGGUUCUUGGACGGUGGCCCUCAGCACCGGCGAUGUGAUGGAGGCGGAUUAUCUCAUCUGCGCUACCGGUGCGCUCGUGGAUGCUGCGACAGAUCCACUGCUUUCAGGGUUGCAAGAGGUCCACCCUCUGCCCAUGCAUGGGGGCCUACCGGCCGUCACUUACAAUCUUCAAUGGGGCAAACUGCCAGUGUAUCUGAUGGGCAACCUCGCGGCGCUGGAGUUGGGGCCCGACGCCGUCAACAUGACUGGCGCAGCUCGUGGUGAUUCCUUGAUGGGCCACGGAGCUCUUGCACAUGCUGGCCAACUUAGAGGUCGACUGCUGUGUUCGCUCCACGACGAAUGCUUCGGCUACAGCCGGGACGGGCCCCUGCAAGGAAUGAAUCCACGGGCAUGCUUGCUGUGGACUCAGUCAGGCCUUACAGGCCACGGACACGGAGGCGGCCUUUGGAGCUGCGCGACGAAGAUCUUGGCCGCCGAGCCACGGAAUUGCACCUCUUCGGCGCCGGUGAUGAAGGAUGGCAUCCCCGUGGAGAUGGCCCCAGAGAUCUGGUGUGGCUGCUCCGGCGCUUUUUCGAGGGGCCCUUGGGGCCUCGUGUCCGUGAUUGCGGAGCAGUUUGCCACCUUUUACUGCGAGUUGGGCAUGAUAGCACCGAUGCUGUCAUGGGCUGAGCAUUGCUCCGGCCCAGAAUGCGGAUGUAGUGUAGAGUAG